AUGUCUGCGACUCCAGUAGCUAUCACAAAUGCCAACUUUCUCUCCUCCAGCAUCUACUCAGUCAGCACUCCCACCACGGUGACCACCACCAGCAUCCCUGACAACUUGACCUUGAGUUUGUCUUACAACUGGGACGAUGACGAUGCUGAGUCGAUAGUUUCUGAAGACGACACCGAGUCGUUUGUGUCUGACGGCGACCUUGCAUCCUCCCCCUCUUACACUCACCAGUACCCCAUAGCACCGGUACCAAGACUGCAUCAAUCCAUGCGCCUCAAGGCACUCAUGCCUGCAUUAUUCAAAAGUAAAGACUGCACCCACAUCUUGACUCAGUUCUUCAGCAACGAGCUCUUCUUUGCCGACAACUUGUGCAAUCUCAAGGACAACUUUCUCAACCACGAUUUCAAGUCGUUCGAGGCCCACCGCGUGUUGUUCCCCAUUGGCACUCUCGACCCCGCCAUGCACGAGGCGGUGUUGGCCAAACUCCAGAUAUUCUCCUCCCUGGUUGACAAACUCACAUCGAUCUUGGCGUCGUUCAACCACAGUAUUGUCGGCGUGGUGGCUCGCAUAAACUCGAAUGCAGACACUAAAUGCUUGGAAACCUUGCAGGAGGCCAAGGCCGAGUUCAACUCCCUGAUCGACCAAUAUUUGAGUGGGGAGGGCCUCAACGGAGUUAUCGACGACAUCAUCGACAUGUUGUAUGACUACAAUUUGCUUAUUCAGGAGAACCAGACUGGAAGUUUGCCUGACCCAGCAUUUUUGAAAAAGACUGACGAGUAUUAUGCAAGCAUAGAAUCUACCUUGAAAGUUUCUGCAAGGAUAGAUAAUAAAGAUGUGUCAUUGUUCAAAAGGUUAUUGGAGGCAAACUUUAUCUACAACCAAGAGUUCCAAGAGUUGGUGGGGUCUUUAAUGAGGAGCGUAGAAGCUUAA